UAUAAUUUUGCAGAGUCCGGGAAGAGCAAUAUAGUGAAUGCAGGGUCUGGGGAAGAGCAAGUAUAGUGAAUGCAGGGUCUGGGGAGAGUGGAUAUAGUGAAUGCAGGGUCCGGGGAGACCAGAUAUAGUGAAUGCUGGGUCCGGGAGAACCAGAUAUAGUGAAUGCAAGUUCCGGGGGAGGAGCGCAUAUAGUGAAUGCAGGGUCCGGGGAGACAAGACAUAGUGAAUGCAGGGUGCUGGGAGACCAGAUAUAGUGAAUGCAGGUCCUGGGAGACCAGAUACAGUGAAUGCAGGGGACGGGAGGAGUGGAUAUAGUGAAUGCAGGGUCCGGGGGAGAGCGGAUAUAGUGAAUGCAGGGUCCGGGGAGACCAGACAUAGUGAAUGCAGGGUCUGGGGAGACCAGAUAUAGUGAAUUCAGGGUCUGGGGAGAGCGGAUAUAGUGAAUGCAGGGUCUGGG